AUGCCACAUUUCCCCAAGGACUCCGGGUUCACACCCAAAGAUACUCAAAGUCAUGCUGUUACAGUCAAGAACCGUCGCAAGCGGUAUCUGGACUCGCAUCCAGAGUACUACUCCGCGGAUCUUGAGCUAGCCGACCCUUUAAUGUACGAUCGCCUCAUCCGCCGAUUCCAAACACCAGAAGAAAGAGAAGCUGCAGGAAGAGCGAAAGGGUUCUCCGGCAUCUUGCAAACAGACAUCAUGCGAUCCGAGGCCAGAAUGGACGCGAUCUCCCAUCCGGAUCCUCAUGCCAUGAUGAACUACACUCGCGGCCCGGAUGGGGAGGUCCUCGCUGAGGACCGUGAUGAGAUCCCGCCGAAUAAAGAAGAAGGCGAGCGGCUCUGGCAGUGGGAAAUGGGGCUGCGGUUUAUGCAGGGCAAUGAUCCCGAUUUCGACUAUAAGACCGUUGAUGAGAACGAAGAGUAUGACGAUGAUUCCGACAAGGUAGAUCAGUACUUCGAGGAUGAGGAACCCGAGUGGGUGGUUGGUGAUACCCGCGGAGAAGAUGCCCGCACCAAUCUACAUGGAGAGACUGGUGUUCAGGACUUUUAA